UUUCACCACUUCUCACCUCACACACAACUUAUACGCUACCUCCAACAAUUCCACGCCCAUUGCAUCGCCCUAUUACUAGCUCUGUCUCGUCAUACUUCCGCCCUUUCAUUAUACAUGCAAGUCUCGACACCGGUACCGCACCUAAACCAAGAAAGCAGUUGGGACUGCGGACUGGCAUGCGUCGCCAUGGUUGCCAACGCCUUGGGUGCGCACCUAUCCUUGGCAGAGGUCACCAUGCAUUGCUCAGUUGAGUCAGUGUGGACGAUUGACUUGGCAUACCUACUACGAAAGCUCUCCAACGACCAAGUCGGUGUGCCACGGUUACAAUUCUCGAAACGGCCGCCACAGGUCGUCCCGAAUCUAUCACCAGGUCGCGACGACGGCUGGGACUUUACAUACUACACAAGCACUAUCGGCGCAGAUACAGCCCAUUCGAAAGAAAAGUUUUACCGCAAGUCAUUUGACGACGAUCAAAAGCGGGUGAACGCCCUCUUCGACAAUGCGGAUGCAGCCAACAUCAGAGUCAUUGAACUGACACUUCCACUGGACGAUUUCAAGCGGUUUUUGUAUUGCGGGAACUAUGGAAUCAUCACGCUUGUGAACCAGCGAUUGUUGAGGUGUCCGCAAUGUUUGGAAAAAUCGGCAUUUUGCAGCUGCAGUACCGGAGCAUUGGGAUCAAUUAUUCAAAGGAUGAAAGGAUUCCGAUACAUUGGGCAUUUCGUUGUUCUGGUGGCCUACGAUCCUAAUGAGGACAUGUUCUACUAUCGAGAUCCAGCGGUCAAUGACAACUUGUGCAGUAUUUCGGCUUCCGAUCUGGAGCGCGCCAGGAAUUCAAGUGGCACCGAUCAUGACUGUAUCGUGGUCAAGGUGACUUGAUCUCCACUUGGCAUGGAAGUGCGUCGUUCAUCGCCCAGUUGAAUUUGUACAUACGGGCUGCUGUCCAUUCUUUGACAGGAUACUGCUCCAAAAAAAUAUACCAAUUUCUAAAAACUACCGCUCUUGAGAAAUAAAGAGACCCAUAUCACAUUUCUGUCCUGUGAUUAAUCCAUGGGUUCAU